AUGAAAAUCUUAUCUCAAAUCCAAUUUUUUUUCCUCUCCAUUGCUCUUCUUAUCUCCAUUACAACCUCAUCAACAACUUCAUCAACAUAUUCAAAUCAAACCAACAUAGAUUUCAUCAAAACAUCAUGCAACCUCACACUCUACAAAACCCUUUGCUACACCUCUCUAUCUCCUUACGCCUUAACAAUCGAUUCAAACCCUAAAAAACUCGCCGUCACAGCCCUCAAUCUCACCCUCUCCUCUGCAAAAUCCACAGCCAAAUUCAUCAAAAACAUUCGUCACGGCAAUCUAACACGUUUCGAAGCGGCUGCGGUUGCCGAUUGCGUGGAGGAGAUUGGAGACUCGGUGAAGGAGCUCCAAGAUUCGAUAAGAGUGUUGGAUUCAACUAACCACAAUGAUAGCUCGAAAUUUGAGAUGGUUAUGUCGGAUGUCGAGACAUGGGUUAGUGCUGCUCUAACGGAUGAUAACACUUGUAUGGAUUGUUUCGUCCGAGACGGUCGAGCCAAAGCGGCCGUGAAAGAUUUGGUCCGGCGACAUGUUGUCAAGGUUGCCCGGAUGACUAGCAACGCGCUUGCUUUCAUUAAUAUGUAUGCGUCCACACAUGAAAAAUGA